GAAAUGCUCUACCUGGCUACUUGUAUUGAACAAGAAAAUGUUAUCAAUCACACGGAUGAAGAAGGAUUUACUCCCCUGGUGGGCUGCGGCACACAGACAAAUAUCUGUGGUACAGUUCCUACUUCAGAAUGGUGCAGAUCCCCAGCUUUUAGGAAAAGGUAGAGAAAGUGCCCUGUCAUUGGCCUGUAGUAAAGGCUACAUGGAUGUUGUCAAAAUGCUGCUUGACUGUGGAGUUGGUGUAAAUGAGUAUGACUGGAACAGAGGGACACCCUUGCUUUAUGCUGUCCAUGGGGAUCAUGUGAAGUGUGUAAAGAUGCUGUUAGAAAAUAGAGCUGACCCAACAACUGAAACCGACUCUGGAUACAACUCUAUGGAUUUAGCUGUAGCUUUGGGCUACAGAAGUGUUCAACAGGUCAUUGAGUCACAUCUGCUGAAGCUACUCUAA